UAAAGAAUCAUAAGUAUAUGCAACAUAGUCAUAAAUGAUAACAGACACAUCUCGAUCAAAUGAGAUGAUAUACACAAGCACCCAAUAACCCAUAGUAAAAGAUCCAAGUCAAGGGACAGAACGUCAGUCACGAACCCUCCCGAACAGCCACCUGCCGAGUCUCCCAUCAAGCUCCAUCCAAUCUCGCGCGCUUCGCCGUCUCCGCCAUCUUCGCAACGACGCGGCGCACAUGCACACAGUCCUCCAUAUGCGUCUCUAGGUCCUUCUUCCCAACCACCUCCUGCGUGCACCCUUCGGCCGGGCACCCGACGUGCUUCGCGUUCAUGUGAUGUAUCAUCAGGUGGUGCGCAAACGUCGCCUCCGUCACCUUCUGCCGGCACCCCAGCGACGCGAGUGCGUCCCAGCGGUCCGCGCACACGAACUCCGCGAACGGGCUCGACGCCUUCGGGAUGCGCGACGACGACGCGAGGCCGAGCCGCGCCUUCGUCGCGCGCGUGGCCUCCGUGAUCGCGGCCGCGCUGGCGAAGUGGUGCGCCGAGUGUAGGUGCGCCUGCAGCUCCUCGAUCUUGCCCCGGACCUCGGUGCCGCACUGGUGCGCGGCGACGCCGGCGCAGGGUGCCGUGCCGGUGCAGAUGCGGCGCUGGCCUACCGAAAUGACGAAUGCGCGUUGGCGCCGCUGGGUCGGGUCGGCCGGCGCUGGGGGGAAGGGGCACGUGCAUGCGUGGGCGGCAUCGGCGAUGUAGAGGCAGGGGAGGGUGCGCGUGUGGCCGAGGCGCCCGGCGUUCUUGACUUGUCGUGAGAUGUAUUCCUUGCGCAUCGCGUCACAGCUAUGGGGAUAGGACUUGUGUGAGGAGGUACGUACUCUUCAGCUUUGCGCUUGAGAGUGUUUGCGAUGGGUUGCGGCGCGAUCACCGCUUUGGAAGAGCCUGCUGUGGCGGCCGGUGCGGGUCGGGGCACGAACACCGCGGUGGUGUCCAUCCACGAAUACUUCUUGAAGUCCAGCCCGUAGUGAUUUUUCUGGAGCUCGACACGACUAUCAGGAAUGUCAGACACGGGAUCUACUGUGUAGUAGGGAGAAAUGCGACCGACCGUUGACUUUCUUGAGCUUCGGUCAUAGCCGCACUCGCGGUUUCUUUGCCCUUGCCCUUUCUCGAGCGCUUCGGCUUCGGCUGGGUGGUGGCGGGCGUCGCAGCGCCGGAGGGUUCAGCAGCUGCUUGGCCCACCCGCGCCGUCUGCUUCGUCUUCUUCUUGCUCCCUCGCGCAGGCGAGACCGGCGUCGUCGUCGUCGGCGCCGUCGUUCCGAGAGACUUGCGUCGACUGCGUUCGGAAUUGAGGGGCUGGGUCGGGACUGCGUUCUCCGCAACGAAUCGGGCGCCCACUGACUGCGCGGGCUUGUCGUCGGACAUGACGUCGUUCGAUGGGGCGGCGGGCAGCGAGGAGUUCAGGGCGAAGAUCGGAAGUUGGAAGCGCGGGGUGGCAUUGCUGGCCUCGACCAGGUUGGUUUCAUGUCGCGAGUUGUUGUUUGUGGGUGCAGUAGGGCGGGUGGGGAGUGGUAGAACCUCGAUCAUGUCGUCGUCGUCGUCGUCGUCGUCGCCGAACAGCUCAGCCUCGAGACUCUUGUCCAGAGUCUGCGCAUGCUGGAUACUGUCGUUCAGAGCAGAGAUGGGAACGGGAUACGCAGCAAAGCCGAACGCCGGUUCGUCCCCAUCUUCCUCAGCACCAAAGAGUUCAACCUCGAGACUCUGGUCCAUCGCGUCCUUGGAGUCGUCGGCAGCGCCGUGCCAUGCAGUGGAAGUCUCGUUCAUUGGGUUGUCGCUGCCGGCGCCUUCGAAGCGCUCCAUCUCAGCUUGCAGCUUGCGCUCGAGGUCGUCCAUCCCAUCCCCGAGCUCCACUCCUGCACACUGCUCGUCCCCCGCCAGCUGCUGGAACCCAAGCUCAAGCUCCCGAUCCAAGUCCAUAUCAUCCUCCGAAGACACGUCGAAGAUCUCAUAGGAGUCGCAGUUGACCGCAGGAGCGCUUACGGCGGCGCAGAUGGUGGACGGCGACGAUCUGUUUCUGGGGACAAGCCUGCUCUGAUGGCCUGACCGUGCAAUGAUGUGCUACGCUAUAUAAAGGGUCUCCCGACAUGUCUGCGAAGCGCACAGCAACAUAAAGACGAGCCCACGAAUUCUCGGAGUGCAUCCCAAAAAGGCAAUCUAUGAUUGGAACACAAUGCAAAAUGUGGGUGCCGCGAGUUCCGCGGAAGCUGAUCAUGAUCAGGAUGACCGGAAGCGGAAGAACAAUGCGAUAAUGAAAGGAAACUAGGGGAGAUCGUCCGCCGCACUGCGUCUUCGCGGUUGCCAUCAGGCUGGCGUUUGGGGUCGUCCUACCUGCAAGUUUCAAAAGAUAUGCUUCUUCUUGCUUUAUCCGUCACCAGGCUACCUCAAGACACUGAUUCAAUCCAAGCCUGGAGUUUCUAGAGGACAUCGUCUCAGCUUUUGAGAGUGUGAGAAUACGGAUCACUCGUCCGUGCCUUGGGGGGAUCUCCGAUCAGUGGCGAUGCAUCAGAUCGCGCGGCCGGUAACUAAACACCUCAUUGCUCGUGUAGGAAAUUCUUUGUCGGAUCACUGCCAUGAGUGAUCGCAUCAAUGCGGGACUCCACGAAUUGGUUGCUCCCGACGACGCACGCCCCAUUCGGCUGCGAACGCACAGCCUUCCUAACCCGAGUUGUUAGAUUCAAUGCAUUGUCCUCUGCAGGAUUGCCCGUUGCGUGCCGGCACGGCAUACCCCCCUUCGAAGCCCUGCCGUGCGCGGGGCGUUGACGACGGAUGAGCAUCACAACCCUCUAAUUCCCUGAUAUGGCUUCGGCGCACCUUAUUGUCUUCCCGACCAUCGAUGGCAUCAGCGCGCAUCAGGACCAUUCUUUCCAUUGUCCCCAUCACGUGCACAUUCAAACCGGGGGCGAUUUGGCCCCCCUAUAUAUGUAUUACCGCGUCAGGAGGCGCUGGUUACCGCUUUCUGUCCCUCUUCUGCCGCUGCUAUGGAACCGAUCACCGACAAGUCUCGUCUCACCCGCCUCGGGCACGUCGUGGACACGGAGGACGCGCUGAUUCCGGCGCGUCGGGACGGCCAGUUCUGGCACCGCGACGGCGAUGUCGUCGUCGUCGUUGCCGGGCUGCAUUUCAAGAUUACGCACGACUUUUUGUUCGCCACGGACGAGAAUGGCGAGCCGCUGCCUGACGUCAUGAAUCCCUUCACCCGGAACCGACUCCCAGCGCUGUUCGGUGCGCGCGGGACGCCGCAAGACCGAACCAAAGACAUCGCCAAGUUCCGCGGAUUCACGAUCAUGCAGCUCGUCAACGCGACCUCGCUGGCCCUCCAGCUCCAGCGGCGCGACUUCAUCGAUUACGCGCUCGAGGCGCUCCCGAUUGCUCUCCGCAGACUCUUCGCAUCGCCUGCGGCACUGCACCGCCGCCGAGUACCGCGCGCUCCUGCGCCUCAAUCGCCGGCUGCCGAUGCCCGACCUCAAGCCCAACUACCCGUUCGAGGAGGACGUGUCCCAGACGUACGCGUGGCGCUUCGACAUGCAGGCCCCGUUCGACAUCGGGACCGCGCUCGACUUUGGCGAGGAGGGGGCUGCGCACGAUGCUCGGGCACGUGUACUACGAGGUGCGCAAGGCGCAUGGACGCCGAGGACGACAAAAAGGAAGAGGACGACGACGACGACGACGAGGAGGAUGAAGACGACGAGGACGUGUUCAGCUCCCCGAAGCGCGAGAACUCCUGCGUCGCGCGGCUUGCGCCGAUCCACCGCCAGCGCCUCUUCGUCGGCGCGCUCUCGCUGCACAGCUUCUGGCUGCGCACGAUGCUGCGCGCGCCGGCGUCCCUGCGCCGACCGCGAACGUGUGGCGUGCGCGUGCACAGCGCCUCGAGCACUGCGUGUCGUGCUCGAGGACAAGGUGUGCCCGACGAUCUGGAGCGCGGCCGAGGCGGCCGUCGCCGCAUCAUCAAGGCCUUCCGCCUGUCGCUGCCGAGUCACUUCUUGGGUCCGGCGAACGAGGAGGAGGAGGAGGCGGUGUUCUGCGACUCUUCCGACGAGGAGGAUGCGUGGGAGGAAGGGUCGACUGAGGAGGACGAGGACGAGGACGGCGAAGACACGAUCCGGGUCAGCUUUCAAGCGACGUCAAUCCUCUCGAAGAACGAGCACGGCGACGAUCAAGAUGCUCGUCCGAAGACGAUGAUGAGGAUUUUUUGA